UCUGGGUCAAUUCAGAAAAAUGACAGCUCAGAAAAACAAACACGGACUUCUGGCUAUUAAAGAGUUGGAGAACAUUCUGGACACAUGUAAACUUGACCUAAAUCCAGUCGACGAGGUCUGGCCGAACUUGUACAUCGGAAACGUGGCCAUUGCUCAAAAUAGAAAUGCUUUGAAGAAAAUGGGCAUCACUCAUGUCUUAAAUGCUGCCCAUUCCAAGCAAGGCAGCAUUGGGGACCAGAGUUAUUACGGCAGUACAAUUGUGUAUUACGGCAUCCCGGCAGAAGACUCUUCAUCAUUUGAUCUUAGUGUGUACUUUAAACUGGCUUCUGAUUUCAUCCACAAAGCCUUGAGGAAGAAGAACGGAAAGGUGCUUGUUCAUUGCAUCAUGGGAAUGAGUCGGUCUGCCACUCUGGUCCUAGCGUACCUUAUGAUGCGUCAGCGUCUUACUCUCCGCACUGCCAUCCAAACGGUUGUACUGCGACGUGCAAUCUAUCCUAACAGCAACUUUUUGAGCCUUCUCCUGGAUUUGGACAUUCAGCUACAGAGGAAGCGAAUGCUAUGUCCUAUUCUCUGACAGAAAAACAAAAUGUUACGAAAACACAAAUGCACAUGUAUUCAUUUUAUAUAACUAAAGGGUGAGAAGGUAACCACCAUUAGUAUGUUUACAUUAUUUAUGAUGUGUAUAUAUAUAUUGUUUCAUAGUAAAACUUGUGCCUUUCAGGUUUAGUGUAUGUAUAGACCAUCUUUGUACUUUUCCAUACAUUUACAAGGAUAUUAAAUAAAGUUUAAGAAUUUAGAUAUAAAACACUUUAAUACUGACUUAAGAAUUGUUUUUAACUUUUGACAUUGGCAUUUGCAUAGUCAUAUUAACAUGGGUGAUUUUAAAUGUGGUGUAAAUGAAGCAAAUGAGAAGUGUAUAUGAUAUAUUCAGGUUGCAGCUCUAUGAACCACAGGUGCCACAUGCUUCUCACACUGGAAAUAAUAUUUAACAAUGGAGUCAGUAUUCAGCAUAGAAUACUAAGUUAAGCAGUAUUAAAUGAUUGAAUUGUGGCUUAUUAUUCAGCUGCAGAGAAAACCCUCACUGUGAGCAGCAUUCGCUUUUACAUUGCUUUUGGCAGCCACAUUUGGCGAAAUAUACGGGCCAAGCACAACACUCUUCUGUUGACUCAGUCCUAAAAGCCUUGUUUAAAUGACUGAGCAGCGGUCGCUGAUGUGAUUUUAGUGCACCUUUAUAUUUUAAUAGCAGAAUAAUGUGUUUCAUUCAGCUCAUUGAUUCACAGAAGUUCCUUUGUUAUCUCGGAAAACAUUUAGUGUUGUAUAAAGUUUUGUUAAAUGCACUGUAUUACAUUUAAUUGCACAUUAGAUUCUAUUGACCAUGAGCAGGAUGAAUUUUAAAUUUGUUAUACUGGUAUCUGCCUAUGUUAAAUAUUUUUUGAAAGUGUAACAACUGCACUGGUAGAUUCACGUUCAGAUGUUUCAUAAAAACAAAGUGGCAAAUAAAAAGUUCUGAAAGUUC